AUGCCCCAAGAACUUGGUGCCAAUUGCAAGGGCUACAAAGGCGCAACCAACUGUUUGCAUGCAGGUGCAUCAAACACCGGUCGCGGUGCCUUUCAGUGGGCAUUGUACCAUUUUCUCUUAUUUUCAACACCCAUAAAGUGCUGGCUGAACGAAGAGCGCAUGAACUGUGGCUUGUCUCCUCUUACGAACUCGCUUGAACUUGGUUCCAAAAUCUCAGAAUUCGCUCGAGUAAAGCGUGCUGAACAGCAGUUGACAAAGGCGGGAGAAUCGACCAUUGGCUAUCCCCGAGAUAUCUACCCACUACUCGCCUACACGCCUAAGACACGCGCCACCACGCCGUCCGGCUUUGAGACCUGCCAGGGCGACGUUCCAGUGGUGGAUAACGACUGUGAGGGGACGGUAGGGCCUGUGCCCCGAUUUCCCCUCUCCACUUUUGAGCGUCAUCCCCGGCGCUCCCCUUGGUCAACCGCCAGCGUCGGCCAUCACAACGUAGUUAGCGCUGUAAGGAAACACCCGCCAUCCAGCCGCGCCAGUCAUCAAAUUUCCAUGAAAAUGAGGAGGUACUUGACCGCAACGUCACUGACUUCUCCUGCAAUUCAACUAGAUCUGGAGGUUCAUCCAGUUUUGGAACUGGAUUCAGGAAAGUCGAAUUGUGAUGGCCAACAUGCGUGA